UACAUAUAUAUACUGAGAGGAAGUCGAAGACGGGUGUGGUACACUAAAAAUUUUUUAUCGUAAAAUUUGAAACAUCUAGAGUUUUCUCUUAAUUUUUAUGUCACUUUCGAUAUUAGUGCACAGUUAGAAACUUUUAACUCUGUUUAAAAUAAUUUAUGUUUGAUUUGUAACGACGAAAAAAGAAUUGUAAUUGAAUGUACGACGUGUUGUAAUUUUAUUGAAUUACAAGUUAAUAUUUUUAUAUAGUAUUGGAAACAUGGAUUUGAAUGCAAGUACUAUGUAUCCUCGCGACUUGAAGAAUUGGCAUAUCUUUAGUUCCUUAGAAUCAAAAUUCCUUAAGAAUGUUCGUAUAGCUGCUGUGUAUGGUUGUUCAGCUAAUAAUGCUUUAAUCGUAACAAAGGACAAUAUGGUGUACAGUAUAGGAAAAUGCCGUGAUACAGGUUCCAUUUUUUGUCCAAAGAAAAUCGAAAUAUUGUGUGGUGAAGAUAUAAAAACUAUUGCUUAUGGCACUGAUCAUGUUUUGGUUCUUACGCAGCAGGGAAAGAUAUAUUCAUGGGGAUGUAAUUGUAAAGGUGAACUAGGAACUCCCAUUCACUCUCAGACUCCAAUACUUAUAUCAGAUAUAUUGAAUGGUGAAUUUUUUAUUGAUAUAGCCUGUGGAAGUCACCAUUCCCUUGCAUUAACAAAUAAAGGGCAGGUAUAUGCAUGGGGAAAUUUCUCAUCUAUACAGGCCAACCUACUAUGUGGUGGAGGUAAUUCCUUUGCAUUAACAAUUAGACAGGGAAAUACCCCAUCUCUACAGGUCAACCAACUAUGUGGUACAUCUUAUUUCUUUCCCGUAAAUCUUUCACCAAAAAAUGGGCAGCCCAGCCAACCAGCAAUCAUUGAGCAAUGUAAAACCAAACCAAUGUUGAUGACCGAUUUAUCAAAUGUCAAGAUUGUUCGUAUUAGUUGCGGACACUGUUUUAGCAUGGCGCUCACUGAUAAUGGACAAGUUUAUAGUUGGGGUGAUAAUAGUGUUGGUCAAUUGGGAACUAAAAGUAGUAGUAGUAAUGUUCCAUGUAAAAUAACUGCACUUGCAGAAAUAAUAAUAGAAAAAAUAGUUUGUGGCUAUAAGCAUACAUUAGCAUUGAGUGACAAAGGUGAUCUCUAUGUUUGGGGAGAUAAUAGUUAUGGCCAAUUAGGCUACAUAGAUUCAUCUAUACAAGCUGGGACACCAACAAAGUUGAAAAUACCGGGAAUAUCGGGAAGAGUAUUAGAUAUAGCAACUUCACAUUAUCAUUUCAUAAGUGUUGCUAAGAGUGAAGGCAAUCAAAUAUUUAUAUGGGGUCAGUGUUACGGUCAACAAAUUCAAAUUCCAAUGCUUACAACACUAAAAUGUUUGUAUUAUGCUUUUGCAUAUUAUGCAUCUCCAAAUAUCAUGCAUCAGCCAUUUAUUUUUCACAGUGAUAAAGAAUCAAAUUUGGCUGAUAAUUUAAGAGAUGCCUUUGAUGAUCCAACCACUAGCGAUCUUACAAUUCAAGUGCAUGGAAAAUCCAUUCAUGUGCACAAAGUAAUUUUGAAGAUACGCUCUAAUUAUUUCAAAAUGAUGUUUCAAGAGCAUUGGAUAGAAAAUAGUCAAAGUACUAUAGAGCAUGAACAAUUUUCCUAUGAUGCAUACAAAGCUUUCUUGAAGUACUUGUAUACCGAUGAAAUUGAUUCAUCAACAGAAAUUAUAUUAGAACUUUUAGAGUUAGCCAAUGCCUAUUCUGAAAAUCAAUUAAUAAGACAUUGUGUACGAAUAAUAUGUAAAAAGAUUACAGUUCAGAAUGUAGCUUUUUUAUACAACACAUCUAUCCAACAUAAUUCCAAGGAAUUAGAAGAAUGUUGUUUUAAAUUUGCUUUAAACCACAUGACUACAAUAAUACAGACAGCAGCUUUUGCAGAGCUAGAUAAAAAUACAAUGAAAACUUUUAUAGUUAGAGCUGCACAAGCGGGUGCUUUUAAAACAUAAAAUGUCACACAAAGAAACCAGCAUGAAAUAUUUUUAUACAUAUUAUUCACAUUGUUACUACCUCUGAACAUCCAUAUUUCUUGAAAAAGUUAUAUUUUUGACAAAUGUAAAGAAUUUAUUAAAAGAUUAUAAUGAAAUUGCAAGUGUCACUAAAUAACGAACGUUAUGGGUACUGGCAUUAUCAAUAUUAUAUUUAUAUGAUUUAGAAAUACAUGUACGUUAUAUCAACUAUAUACAUUUAAAAUAUUUUCUGUAAUGUCGCAUAAAAAUCCAAUUUCUAGAUUUGUGUCAAAAACUGUAACAUUCCUAAUAAUAAAACUUAUUAUAUUUAAUUUUA